GCGAAUAACCCAGAAGCAAGGAUGAAGAGGAAGAGGAAGAGGAAGAGGAACCCUGGUUGCUCAAUUGCUGAGUGCUUCUUUUUGCAUUUCUGAAGUACAAAUUGUCUUAUUUGCCCCUACCUAUCUAGGUAUAUAAGAGAACUGUGGGUUUCAGUAUCAACUUGUGCUACCAAAGAAAAAGCCCGACCAAGGCAGUUUGGCUUCCAUCAACCUCCAUUUGACUCCAUUGUUUUGGACUACCUUAUUUCACACUCAGGUUGUUUGGAUUGUAUCAAACUUUUAGCCUUCUCUAUCGUCUAUCUUCUUUUUUACAAACAUCCAUGGUUUAAGCCCUUGCUAUAUAUGGUGUCCCAUAAAUGAACUGUCACUGUGUCAGUAUGAUACUACCUCAGAAACAUGUAUAAAAUCUGUUCGUUGUCACUCUGAAAUGCCCUCAGACCUUCCUCUUAUUUAAAUGGCAGCAAUUCAAAUCUUCAAUACCUCUCGUCCUUUCCCAACCACAAAACCCAAACCCCUUUUCUUCCUCUGCUACUCCUCCUUUUCUUCCUCACCGUCCGACGAAAGUCCAUCAGAGCCCAACCCUCUAAUCCCAUCCGUCGUCUCUAUCCUAACCCAGCUCCGAUCCAAGUCCCGUUGGGGCUACCUCCGCACUUUAUAUCCUUCCGGCUUCACCCCAAACGACUUUUCUCAAAUCUCCCUCCAAAUAAAAAACAAUCCUCAUCUCGUCCUUCGCUUCUUCCAGUGGACCCAGAACAAGAACAACUCUCUCUGCGCCCACAACCUCCUCUCCUACUCUACCAUCAUCCACAUCCUCGCCCGAUCUCGCCUCAAAUCCCAAGCUUAUUCCCUUAUUGGAGACGCCAUUUGGGUCUGGGAGCCGUUGGAAGUGUUUGAAACUCUGGUCAAGACUUACCGACAAUGUGGGUCGGCCCCAUUUGUGUUUAAUUAUCUGAUCAAAGCUUGCUUGGAGUCGAAGAAAAUUGACCCGGCAAUACAGAUUGUUAGAAUGAUACUCAGUCGCGGGAUUAGUCCUGGUUUGAGCACCUGCAAUAGUUUGAUUCGGUGCGUAAUGCAGCGUCAAGGUGCGUAUGCAGGUUAUGAGAUUUAUAGAGAGGUUUUUGGAUUGGAUGGUAGGGUCUUAGACGAUAAUGCAAAAAGGGUUGUGAGAACUAGUCCCAAUGUGCAAACCUUCAAUGAAUUGAUGUUGGGGUUUUAUCAGGAUGGGGCAGUAGAGAUGGUGAAGGAGAUUUGGGACCAAAUGGCGGACUUCAGUUGCUGUCCUGAUGUUUAUAGUUAUUGUAUUUUGAUGGAGACUUAUUGUGAGGAUGAGACAAUGAGUAAAGCGGAGGAGUUGUGGGAAGAAAUGAGAGCAAAGGGUGUGGAGCCUGAUGCUGUUGCUUAUAACACUAUGAUUGGAGGAUUUUGCAAAGUUGGAAAGAUGGAAAUGGCUGAAGAGUUUUUCAAACAAAUGGGAUUGAGUGGAAUAGAGAGUACUAACGCCACUUGUGAGCAACUUGUUAGAGGGUACUGUAAAAUUGGAAAAAUUGAUUCAGCAAUACUAGUGUAUAAGGAUAUGCUUAGGAAAAAUUUCAGGGCUGAGAGUUUAACUGUAGAAGAGUUGAUUAGAGGGCUUUGUGAUGAGAAUAGGGUUUUGGAAGCCUUGGAAGUUAUGCGAGCUGCAAUGGUAGAUUAUGGUUUCUGUCCAAGAGAGAAGUCGUAUGAGUUUUUGAUAAGAGGGUUGUGUGAGCAGGGAAAGUUGGAAGAAGCACUUAAGCUUCAGGCUCAGAUGGUGGGAAAAGGGUUUAAACCGAAUUCUGAAAUCUAUGGUGCAUUUAUUAGUGGCUAUAUGAAAGAAGGAAACAUGGAAGUAGCAGAAUUGUUGAGGAAUGAAAUGUUGGAUACGGAGCUGUGUGGGAUGGGGAUAAAUAAUCAAUGACAUGAUAACUGCUCCAGACCCUGCACUGCACUGCAGAAGUUGGUGGAUUACUCUAUUCAGUGAAUGAUGUAUGGUAUCAGGAUUCCUAUUUGCAAAAAGACUGAAUAGGGAACUAAGGAUGGUCUAGCUGCUAAGAAGAUUCAAAGGACUGAGAAAUUGAGGAAGGAAUGACUCGCUCAGCAUUUUCUGAAGUUGUGGAAUGUAUCAGAUCCAAACAACCACAAAAAUGUCAAAGCAGCCAUUGUGGGUGAUACAAUUCAAGUGCUGUCAGUAAUGAAAUAAAAAUUAAGACCAUAAAAAUUGCAAAAGGGAAUCCCAGAAGUCGAUCCGAAAGGAAAUCUUAGGUUGCAAAAGGGAGUUCUUCGAGUAGAUGUUGUUCUUCUUGUAGUGGGUGAACUGUACCGGGCAGCUCAUCUAAGAACAAAGUUGGUGGCAGGAAGGUUGAUGAUUGAAAAAACGAAGGGGUGACAGACAAAUAACAAAACAAGGCAGGGUGCUUCAUCUUUGAAGAACUUCAUCAUAUGAGCAAACUUUUGUAUGUUCUAAUGUUCUCUCCUAGCUUCUUAGGUAUUGAUAUUGCAGCAAGGAAAUGUACAUGAUUAUAAUACACAUGCUAUAUUAAGAUAGUAAUUCAUUAUACAGAGUUAUAUAUGGAUAUGCCAAAUCAACUUAGGAUAGGUCAGGUAUGUGGUCUAUAGUGCGAAGUAACUUGGUAUUACAAUGGUGGGAGAGCCUUUGAGAAUGAAUUAGCCACUAUACGAACAACUAGGAAGGAACGAAACUAGUAGACAUUCUUACUCCACAAAAUUUUCUUUCUUUCCAGAAACUUCACAAGUUAUGAA